ACAAAACAUUGAAAUCUUAUUUUUUUUCGCGAAAAGGUGUUUGAAUUUUCAAGUUUUUCAAUUUACCUAAUAUUUCUGUGUUUUUCCAUAAAUUUUCUCCAAAAAACGCAGCUCAUGGCAGAAUCAAGCUUCUGCUAUGAAGCUAGCUCGGAGUUGACGCUUUUCGAUAUCGUUUGGGAAGAUGUCCUGUUCGCUAAACUCCUUCCCCUGCUUUCCCUGAAGGAUUUAUUCAAUCUGCGCUGUUGCUCCCGUCUGAGCAAACAUUUGGUAAACAACUACCUGCGUCGGAUUAAGGAGGUCAAUUUGUCCGGGAAUAACAGUCAUAACAUUGAUAAGGCAUUUGCCGUUUUGGCUCGUAAAUGCCGAAACGUUCGAGUAGUAAAUCUGGCGAAAUGCAGCUGGUUGCGCGAUAAGGCAUUGUGUAAAUUUCUCAAAUCUAAUGCCCGCAUCAGCCGGAUAAACCUCAGCGAAUGUACGGGCAUUACGGCGGCUUCGCUGCAACCGAUUAUCAUCGAAUGCAAAGAACUAGUGGUUCUGAAGCUGGCUCGCUGCAGUUGGCUUACGAUUGGAGCCAUGGAAGCUCUCACACUGCAUCAGUCCAACAUCCGGGAGCUGGAUAUAUCUCAUUGCUUGGCCCUGAGCGAAAGGAGCAUUACCGUGUUUUUGCUCAAUUGUCGGCGAUUGAGAACGUUGUCGCUGGCAUAUAUUCCUGCGGUAUCUGACACGGUGCUGCUGAUGGUGGCCAAAUAUUCGAAAGAGAUCCGGCACCUGAACAUCGUCGGCUGCCAGAUGGCUUCGGACCGGGGAGUGGGAGCACUUUCCCUUUACUGUUCGGUCCUGGAAUCGCUGAUGGUACGAGAUUGUCCCUUCAUAACGGAGCGAAGCUUGGCACUGUUACGAGAAAAGGUUUUCAUAGAUCGACCUCGACAGUUUCAGCAGCAUCUUAACCUAGCACCAAAUGUGGCAGGUGGUGCCGGAUUUCCGCGACUAUUUUUGCAAGUGUAAUGAAUAUCGUUCCUACGAAGAUAACUAAUAUAGAAGGAUCCUUCCGAUGCAGAACUAAAACAGGGUUUGAAAAGCUGAAACAUUUUAAUUAGAAGAUGGCUUAGGUUGAGUCAAACUUUUCAUUGAUGUUUGUAUGUGUAUUAAAUGAUUCUCUAAAAAUAACUUAUUCUAUGUAUGUUAUAAGUUGAUAUUGCUAGAUAAAACUAUUAAAAAAAGUCAGUAAGUAGUGAUUAGAAAUAAACUUAUCUAUAAAAUGCCCAACAAAUAAAUAAAGAUU